UUUCUCUUCUUUUUUAUUUUCAUUUAUACUCGAUUUAAAAAAAAAAGAGAAAGAAUUAGAUAAAUGGUUAUGUCAGAUUCUUCUAUACCUACUCCACCUUCAAAAGUGGAUUUCCUCAUAGUUGGUGGAGGUCCUGUUGGAUUGUUAGCAGGAAAUUUAAUUGUUCAAGCAGGAUUUACAGUUCGUAUUCUCGAUAUUGAAUAUGAACCUAAUCAUUGGGGUCGUGGUGAUUGGAUUCAUGGUCGUACCCUCGAACUUUUAGAAAGAGCUAAUUUAGAAACUGAAUUAUUAAAGACAGGUGUUAAAGUUGAGAAGCUAUCUUCUUAUAUGAAUGGCAAGUUACAAAAGGAAAUCCCUUUUGUACCUGAAGAAAUCGAAUCAAAACACAACUAUUUGCUAUGUGUGGGUCAACAUAUUACUGAAUCAAGUCUUCAAAGUAAAUUAUCGCAAUAUGAUAUUCAAGUAGAAAGACCUACAACUGUCGUUCAUAUGGAUCGUGAUGAAAACAAAGACAGUGAAUAUCCAAUCAAAGCUACUGUUUUAAAUCUUGAAGAAGGCAAAGGAGGAACUGAGGAAGUGAGAUGCAAAUAUGUAUUAGGAUGUGAUGGUGCACAUAGUGAUAUACGUCAACAACUUGGUAUUACUAAUGAAGGUGAAACGAGUGAAAUACAUGCAGGUGUACUUGAUGCUUUAAUAAGAACUAAUUUUGCUAGCCGAAAAGAAGUUUGUAUUGUACAGAGUAAUUUCGCUAAAACAAUCAGUAUGUUUCCUCGUGAAAAUGGGUUAACAAGAAUAUUUGUUCAUUUUAAUGAAAAUGAACAUGAACAAAGAAAAGAGCAACAUAAUCGAAAUAAGAUUCAAUUAGAAGAUAUCCAAAGAGAAGCCAAAAGAGCAUUAUUACCACAUCGAAUUGAAUUCUUAGGUAUUUUAUAUUGGUCUAUUUAUGUUGUUGGACAACGAUAUGCUUCUCGAAUUGAUUCAGAGGAUAGACGUGUCUUUCUUUGUGGUGAUGCAGCUCAUUCUCAGAGCCCUACACUUGGUCAAGGUGUCAAUACAGGAUUUGGAGAUGUAUUUAAUUUGAUUUGGAAGAUUUGUAUGGUUGAAAGAGGUCAACUAAAUCGUAAAUAUUUAUCCACGUAUCACAGUGAAAGAUGGCCGGUAGCACAAACUGUACUGAGUAUCGAUAAAAUGGCUGCUAAAGCUGCUGCAGGCCAUCAAGCAGCCGAUUAUUGCGAAGUAGUUGAAAAGAACCGAUUAUUUACAGCUGGUUAUGGAAUUAGUUAUGAACAGAACAGCAAAGAUGAGGUAACGCUCAUCUCUAAUUCAGAAGAAGAUAAUGAUGAUACAACGGAUAAUUAUUGUGUUCAACCUGGUAUGCGUGCCCCUAAUUUUAAAGUAUUUGGUUAUGCCUCUGGUAAAAAGACACGUCUUUUUGAUAUUCAUAAUGAUCUAAAAGAAGAUUCACCUAAUUGGCUCUCCUUUACCUUAUUUGUCUUUGCUCUUGAUCUAAGAGCAACUCAUGACAUUAUAUCAUCCCUACUGAAUGAAAUUCAUAAUAAGACAACUGACUUAUUACUACCUCCUAUGCAUAUCGUCAUUGUCACCACAAGUACUGCAGAUCAAAUCUCUACCUAUGAAAAAUGCCUUCUACUAGACAAGGACAAAAUCGUCAUUGAUAAACUAAAUCAAACACAAUGUCAUCGAUUUUAUUAUCAAAAGCAACAUUCUUCUCGUUAUCAUCAUUUGGAAAAUGAAAAGGUGCAAGCUAUUCUUGUCAGACCAGAUGGUUAUAUUGGCCGUAUUAUAAGAAGUAAUGAUGGUAUCAUGAUCAGUAACAAGAUUAUUCAUUAUUUUUCAGAUUUAUUAUAACUUGAAUAGAAUAUAUGCAGCAUUCAAUAAAUAAAUAAAUAAAAAAAACACCUUUUUAUUUAAAAGAGAAGAAAAAGGGCCUGAUUUGUG